AUGUCUUAUCAAACCCCCCGACAAUCUGUUCAGUAUACCCCAACCCCCCGAGCAAGCGGCUCAGCAUCAAGUUCCCGACAAACCCUCGAUGGUCUGGACUCACCUUUUCAGUAUCAGCAACAAACACCUCGCAGACCCACGGCCCAGACCCGUACACCUUCAACCGCCGGUAGCUCUUCUGAUCACCGCGACCCACCUCGUCUACUCGCUGCCGGUACCCCUCGAAAUGUAACACUACUUAGACAAGGGGAUCGCACCGACAAUGAGGUGUUUGGAGUUCCGAGAGCCGGUGUUGAUGUCGGUGGUGCUGGAAGGACCGGAGCGCAGGUGAACAAAGGUUAUCUGGGAACGAACGGACGCAAGACUCUACCCACAUCACACAACUUCACGGUCCCGUUCAAGAAUCAAGCGCAAGCAUCAUCAUCUCGUCAGCAGACUCCUCCCCGUACCUCGCAAAUGCCCGAUCAACAUACCCCUCGUCCCGUCAAUCCCCCACGACAGGUACCUGCCGGCGAGCAGCAGCGUCAGCUGGGGAACCUCCUCUCCUCCUUGCAAACGGGCCAACAACAACUGACAGCUCAGGUGAAACAACUGCAAGAAGAUCUCGUGCGACUCACACAAUCGAAUGCGGCCAAGGAGUCGGUCAUCCACAAACAGGCGGGUAUGUUGAACGCGUUGGAGACGAGGCUUGCAGAGACGCAGGCAAGGGUGACGGAGCUCGAGGCGGUAGCAAGGCAAGGAGGGCUCGGCGAGGGUGGAGAGAAUGAAACGGCAAAGGAUUUCGAUCUGCUCCCACUCACCUCCGACGUAGCCCGAGAGUCCCUCCCUGCAUACAAAGACGCCGUCGACCUCUACAACACCGCCAUCGCAAAGAAGUUCAAACAUCUGUCUGCAUCAUGGAAGCGUAAACAGAUCAGCGAAUGGAGCAAAGGAGAUGGACGCCGCGACGAUCUUCUUCAGGAGAUUACUCAACUCGAGGAAGAACAACAGACCGAAGGGCUCGAAGAGAAGAAAGCGUUGUUGUCGAUCAUGGACGCUGCGGCUGCCAAGCCAGAGAGGCAGAAUCGAAACAACAUGCGAGCGAAGUUGACGGUAAUGCAAAACUAUAUGACAACAAAGCGCGCGUUGAUGUCAGAAUAUCAGGGAGACGAGUGGAAGUGCUUGGAGAGUCUGUACGUACAGAUCCCUCCAGUGACCAAGAGUGGAGCGAAUGGGAAGGGCAAGAAGACCUGGCACUGGCCGCAAAGAGAUGGUGUAUACUCCGAAGAGUUCCUCGAAGCCUACUAUGCUGUUUACGACAAUCAAGAGGCCUCCACGGGAAAGGUGACCGGUACCACCAUCAACCCUCCUCCUCCCGGCUGGAUCCCGCCUGUCGCACAACCAUACCUGCCCUCGAGCUACGAAUUCCUACACCUCGCUCCGCAGAGGUGGAUGUUCACGGAAUCUUGGAUCGAGGAGAAUCCUAAACUGCAAAUGAGCGUCAUCCCGAUCGGUCGUCCUACCGACCCCGAGGUUGUCAAGGCAUCCGUCUGGUACCGGUCCCAUGCUUGGGCUCUCGGCAAGAGCACAGGGACGAAGCGAAAUCUCUCACAGUCUACCAUUGCCUCCACCUCAACCUCUCGUGGAAGAUCGAUCAGCGUGAUGCCAGGCGAAUCCGAUGGGGACCGAGGGAGAUCGAUUGAGCCAAAAAACCCUGCCAAGAAGCGCAAAAUCGUUACUCAGCCCAGCCUGUCCCAGGUCGCCGAGGACGAAGAAGAUAGAGCUCACACCGACGAUGACGACAUUGAGGUAGCCCGUUCCGCCGGUUACCCCUCGAACAGCGGUUCUCGACAGCCAGGGAUGACUGUCCGAGCCGAAGCAUCUCAAGCUACUCACAGUCAAGCGUAUCGCAUGGAUACCCAAGAAGAUCUGCCUGACAUUCCGCGCACGUCCAUGACGGCAUCCGCUUGGCAGCCGGCGAGGAGUCCGGCUCAUGAUUACGAAGAUGAUACCGGCCUUGUCCUCGACAAUACCUUCAUGGAUUCCCUGAUGCGACCCUACGAACAGAACCAGAUGGAGAACAAUCAGCAGAAUCUCGCUGGGAAGAGUCAACCAGCGAAUGCCGACGUCAACAUGGAACUCAGUCUCAACGACUACAUCAACUUCGAUCUCACCCAGACGAUUCCCGGUACGAUCCAGACCGACACCAUUAUGUUCCAGUGA